AUGAUUGCUUAAAAAAAUACUAAAAUUUAAAAAGAUCAUAAUUUGAUAGGAAGUUGUGAAAUGGAGGAUUUAACAAGUAAUAAAAUAGAUGACUAUCUGAUAGUUUAUCCUUACGAAUUAGUAAAUAGAGAGUUCUUUGGGUUUAUUGAAAAAACAUCUUUUAUUAAGGAAAAUUAUGAAUUGUUAUCUAAAGUAGGUUAAAAUUUACGAUUGAAUUAUAAAGAUUGGCUUUCAGUUGAUUAAGCAAUCUUACUUUUUUAAAAGAAUAUGUAUCAUUUUUAUUGAAUUUUAAAGAUAAAAUGCUAAGAAAAAAUCAAUAAAAUGGAGUGAUUUCGAGAAGAAACUGUUUUAUUGGAUUGUUAUGCGAUAUUAUAUAUAUAAUGGAAUUAAGGAUAAUAAAUAAUUAGUAUAGAAUAUAUUAAUUUUCUAAAAGGUUACAGAAUAAUGGAGAGAAAUAUCAAAAAUGGUUCUAGGAAGAAAUGCUCAUUAAUGUAGAUUAAAAUGGGAAUAGAAAUAUAAAAUUCCAUUAUCUGAGGCACCUUGGACUGAAUAAGAAGACAACCUACUUUACUAAGUUCAUGAGUAAGAGAAUUUCUAAGUAUUAGAGAAUUUAAGAAAAUAGGUAAGGAAAAUAAGUGGUCCUAAAUUUCAAGGGAAAUAUAUAAAAGAUCUAAUAAUAAAAAAUUUAGGUAGCCUAAGUAAUGUAGAGAAAGAUGGAUUAAUCGACUUGAUCCAAAUAUUUCUAAGUACUUUAAAAUAAUUAAAUAGCGAUCCUUGGAAUAAAUAAUAAGAAAUAGAUUUGUUAAAAACAAUACUAAUGAGAGGUAAAAAAUGGUCAGAACUUUCAUCAUUAUAUGGAAGGGUUAGAACUGAGAAUUCAUUAAAGAACAAAUACAAUUCACUUCUUAAAAGAGAAAAAAUGAAAUAUGAGUUUGAAACGAUAAAUCCUCAUUUAUUUGAAAGAGUCUAAAAGUUGCGAAAAGACUAUGCUAAAAGAUAUGGUAAUAUUACACCAAUUGAAGAAAUCGAUAACUAUGAAUGGCAGUUUAUAGUUUUAGCAAUUUAAGGCUUAUAUAUUGAAUAAUGCAUAUAGGAAGGAAAAAUUGAAGAAGCUUAAAAAAUUAAUAAUGACGACUUUUUUAAUUUAUUUCAUGAAGAUACUUCAAUUAAAACAAACAAAAGUAUUUUAUAUAAAAAAGAACUCACUAUUUAGAAACUAGAUCCUAAUUUAGUUCUCAAUAAUGAAAAGUGUGGUGUAGUUAUUUUUAAUAAUAAAAAUAAUAAAUUAUAUCUUACACCUUAUAAUGUGAUAGACUUCUAAAAUAUAGUUCUAAAUCAAAUCAAAAAGAAAGUUAAAAUAGAAGAUAAUACAACUACUUCAUCUACUUAAUCUGAUCCAAACUAGAAUUAUUUAAGAACUUCGAUAGGAACUUAAUCAAUCUAAUAACUCUUAUAUCUAACUAAUUAGCAUAGUUAUUAUGUUCCUAUUAAUUAAAGUAUUUUCAAUAGUUAUUGGCUACCACCUGUCUUUCCUUAAUAAAUUGUAUCUUCAUAAGUUUAAAAUAAUAAUUUUAUAAGUCAUUAAUAAUAAUUUUAAGAUGAUAAAUUAAAAGAAAAUAUUGAAUUGAAAAAAAAAGAAGAUUUAAAUGAUAUUUUCGAGUAGUGUGGAGUUGAUAUCAAAAUAGUUAAUUCAGAUGAUGAAAAAUGA